AUUGGCGAGAUCGAUCGUUCAUGCGUAUUGGUGAGAGAGGUCGGGACGCCGGAGUCGUGUAGAUUGUGACAAGUGUUUUCUGAGAACACCUGCUAGUGUUAUCCUCAGCAAGUGUUGGUAAUGCGCCGUCAAGUAAAUGGAAGCGCAGACCGCCGUGGAGGUGGAGUGCGCGGCCGUGGCGGGGGCAGCCGCGGCAGGGGGAACCAGCGAGGUGGCCGUGGCGGCGGCGCCCAGAAGCCGCCGCCGCUCAUGUCGCGUCCCCUUUUCCCCCCACCAGGCAUGAGGCGUCCCCACAACAUGGGGCCUCCCCGGGGUCCAAUGGGGCCGCCGCCUCCGAUGGGAAUGGGGCCACCCCCUGGCCGAAUGCCUCCCCCAGGGCCGGGCCGUAGACCUGAUCACAUGGCUCCACCAGGUCGCCUAGUGCCGCGACCACUCCCUGGGCCAGGCAGGCUGGGACCGCCAGGUCCUCCAAUGGGAAUGGGUCGAGGAAUGGGUCCCCCUCCCCCAAGAGGGGGCAUGGGACCUAGAGGACGAGGUGGAAUGCAGGGGAUGUUGCCACCACCUCCAAUGCCCAUGGGACCACCCUUUGGGCCCCCAGGACCUGGCAUGAUGGGACCUCCAAGACCUCCCUUAAGAGGCCGAGGUCGGGGCCGGGGUGUGGUGAGGGGCAGAGGGCCAGUUAGGGGAAGAGGGGGUGGUAUAUCCAUGAUCAAGAACAAAGACAAGCAGGGAGAAAUGAAUAAACCUUGGGUAACAGAUGGAAUGAAGAAUGAAAUAAUGAAGAAACACAAGUUACACCAGAAGGCAAAGAAGACCAAGAGUAAAGAAGAUUGGGACGAAUUCAAGGAGCAGAGGAACAAGGUGACCACCAUGUUGCGGGAGGCCAAGCUUGAGUACAUAGGGGCCCAUCCAGAGGAGGAUGUGGAUAAAAUAUUGGCGGAAGCAGCCAUGCAAGGCAACAUUAAAGAUGAAAAUAAAGGGGAGGCGUCAGCCACUAGUGAAGCUAAUGCGGAGAGUUCGGACGCCCCCGAGGGGGAGGGGGCAAAACCCCAGGCCAUGGACCAGGCAGAGGAGAACGGGGAGGAUGUAGAGGAUCAGAAAGAGUUAAACACCGAUGUACCAAUGGCUCCCCAGGCCCCAGAAAUAGUAGGGGAUGUUAAUUCGGAGAGCAAUGGGGACAGCCAAGCGGAUGUAAUACCUGGUCAAUAGGCUCUGAGCCGUGACCACUCAGCCCACCCUGCCACUUGUGCUACUUUCUAAGUAGCUAAAAUCUAUCUUAUUUUCAAAAUGUAUUUUGAACUCAUGUAAUUCUUCUUAAUUUUUAGUUUAGAAAGUAACGUAAAAAUUCUUUAAAUCUUUGCCAAAUUCUAUUUAUAUGAGACGCAAAUCUAUUUCUAUUGUUCAGAUCAAAUAACUGAUUUUAACUUAAGGCUAUGAGAUCUUGUAUCAAUAUCUCUUACUUUACAUAGUUACCUUUUGUGCAAUUGAGACCAUUGGCUCAUUUUCAAUGUUUUCAUAUAGGUUAAGGAAAAUAAAUUUAUAGUAAAAUGAA